AUGGAGAAGACCCACCUGAUUCGAUGUCCAGUUCUAAUGACAUUGACGGAAAGCCAGAGAUACUGGGAAGCAAGAAGACAGCUACGGAAAGCCAGAGAUACUGGGAAGCAAGAAGACAGCUACUCCGGAAAGCCAGAGAUACUGGGAAGCAAGAAGACAGCUACAGGAAAGCCAAAGAUACUGGGAAGCAAGAAGACUGCUAAUGUCUGCUAUUAA